AUGGCAGGGGAAAAGUCCACUGCGCGGGACUUGUCGUCCCUCAAUUAUUCCGCCAAGCUCCUCGUCCGUCAAGAGAACUGCGUCGGCUGCAACGGGAACCAACAACUCGUUUGCCCGACAUGUCCUAGUGGACAAUAUUGUGCUUAUACAACCCAGAGUUGCACCGAGUGCCCGAAAGCUUUUUGCCAAACCGCCGGGUCCACUGGCAACAGUGGCAACGGUGGCGGCAACAACAGCGGAAGCAAAGGCCACGACGGUCCCAGUGCCGGUCCUAUAGCAGGCGGUGUUAUCGGUGGCAUCAUCGUCAUUGCCAUCAUCACUUACCUUGUCUGGCGGUUCCUCAUCAAGCCCAAGCGCGCCAGCCGCCUCGACGACCACCACACCUCCAUAUACGAGGCGGACAGCAUCCCCUCUCGGGGUGUUGAGAAGAGCGACCAGUCGGGCCUUGGCCGCCGAGCCUCUACGCACACCGUCCACUCGAUUGCCUCAACUGUCCUGACCCGCGCCUCCAAUAUCAUUCAGAUUGCGUACAUUCCCGGCGUCACCAACCGCGCAACCCCGACUUCGCCAGACGUCCUGGUGCCCCCCGUCCCUCCCAUUCCCGUCAGCCACAGCGAAGCAGCCAGAGGCUCCGAGCACUUCUUUGUGCCCGGCAACCUGCGCGACUCUACCUACUCCGGCUUUUCGGCGACAACGGACAGAACUUCGUACGCCCCCCGUUCCAGCAUUGCCUCGACCAUCUACGGCAGACAGGCGGAGGUCCAGACAGCUUCGCAGGCCGGCAUGCGUGCCAAGCCAACUGUCGUCAGCGUCAAGCCUGGCCCCAACACGCCGCCCGUCCCCAGCAUCGACAUGGAGCGAUUUGGUCCGACCAAUCGCCCUGAGAGCACGGCAAGCAACUUCAGCGUCGGGGCAACUUACACGGCGACCCAGGGUCGCGCUCAAGUGGUCAAGGUUGGCGGGCUGAAGAAGAUUGACCUUGGCGCUAAGCAAGAAGGCAGCUCUUUGUCGGUCGUAUCGUCCAGUGACUCGGUGGCCAGCAAGGAGAGCUCUGAUGACAUUGGCACCAUUCACAUUGCCCAGGAGUCGACACCACGCGGCACGAGCCCAUUCGCCGACCCUCCCAGCACUGCAACCAGGGCAGCGAACCUGGCCGCAAUUACAGAAGAAAAGGGCGACGGCGAGUCUCAGAAGACUGACAAGAGUGGCGGGCCUUUUGGUGACGAGCAUGCGACGAAAGAAUAA